AUGCCAGAGAUGCAAGUCUCCCGCUCAGGCAGUAAGCCUUCUAUUCACGGACCCAGCGCUAUUGCAAACGCCUUUACCGGCGGUGACGUGUAUAUCGACCCUGUGCACGCCAGCACUGACCUCAACGUCUCGAAUGUCAAUUUCUCACCCUGUGCGCGGACACACUGGCACACACACUCUGGAGGCCAGAUUCUCACCGUUGUUGCUGGUUCGGGAUGGGUUUGCGACAGAGGUGCGAAACCGGUCAAGAUCGCUGCGGGUGAUACGGUGUGGUGUCCGCCGGGCACGACGCAUUGGCAUGGUGCGGAUGAAGGGGGAUAUAUGGUGCAUCAGGCGGUUAGUUUGGGGGAGGUGAGGUGGCUGGAGGCGGUUGAAGAUGAGGAGUAUGGGAAGAGGAAGGACUGA